AAAACCAACAAACAACCGGAAAGCCAACAAAAAAUCAAUCUAAAUCAAUAAAUGUGCUGAAAUUAAAUAAAUAUUAAGUAAAUAACAAACGAAAUUAAAGAGAAAUAGUUGAAAAUUGAAUAACCAACGUGUGCAAAGUGCAGAUCAAUACAUAUUCGGUGUAUUAAUCCAAAAAAAGUAUAUAUAUAUUUAAGCGCGAGUGUUACAAUGCUGCCCGUUGCAGCAUCGGUCAUUGUAGCAUCGGGGAUGCAUAAAUCUUAAAUUUUAAAUCAAAAUCAAGCCAAUCAAAAAGAAAAUAUAUAUAUAUAUAAAUAUAUAUUCUCACAAGAGUUGUAAAUCAAAUCAAAAUUCCAUCAAAAUAAACCUCAAAUUGUUGACCCAUCAACAGUUUGAGUAAUUAUAUAUUCUUCUGCCCCAUCAAACAUUAAUCAACGGCCUCAUGACGGAGUCCUUAGGGUUUUGGCAUAUUGAGGAAGAGGAUUUCGAUAUGGAUAUCCUACCAAGCGGUAAUAUCUUCAACGAAUUGGAGCGUAUCUGCACCACGGGCUACUUUUCGUCGCAGCCUUCGAUCGAGGAUCAAUGGCAACAGACCUGCUAUGAGCUGGAACGUUAUCUGCGCGAUGAGCCCAAGCUGCAGAAGAAGAUCCACAGCAACCUGGACACGGCCUGGGACAUCUUCUCGACGCCCGCCCGCCUGCUCGAGGAGCUGAAGAUCAAGGAGCAGCACCUGGACACGAUCUCGACCACCUCCUCGGUCUCCUCCAACUGCUCGGGCAUAUCCUGGGACAGCAAUGGCUCCCAGGCCCUUAGUUGCUCUGUUCUGGUCAAGCAGGAACGGAUCGACGAAGAGGACGACGAUGUCGUGGGUUGUGAUGACAAGCUGAGUGUAUUGCUGGCGGCGACGCCCUCGGCGAUUUCACCGAAUCCCAGUAUUGGCAGUGCCGGCAAUAUGACGCCCACCAGCAGCAGCAGCAGCAGCAAUAGCCAUACCAGCGGCAAUACCAACAUCAGCGCCAGUCCCAUGAGCAGCUUGGGCAGCGGCAGCACCAUUACGGUCAGUUCGCGGAAUAGCUCGGCGCCGGGCAUCAAGGUGCGAGUGGUCCAGGCCAAGAGUCAUCAGGCCAGCAGACUGCAUCUGGGGCAUGUCCAGGACUUUGUGCUGCCCACGCUCACGCCGCCCUCGUCGCCGGAAUCCAGCCUGCGCAGCCACAAUUAUGCCCAGCAACUGGAGGCCAGCGACCUGGCGGCGCUGAUACAACAGCAGCAACAGCAACAGCAACAACAGCAACCGAGCAAUCCCACACCCGCUACAGCAAUCCUGCGCUUCACCAGCAACAACAACUCGAGCAAUCCCACAAUGACGCAACUGUUGCAACAGCAACAGCAGCUGGCCGUCCAGCACUUGAGCAUAUCGUCACAGGCCUUGGCAGGGGGGCAGAACCCCAACAGCAAUGCCAACACCAAUCCCAGCAGCUCGCCCAAGAGCAGCAGCAGUCUCAGCAGCAGCAGCAGUAGCAGCAGCCUCAGCAGCAGCAACAGCAGCCUGAGCAGCAGCAGCAGCAACAGCAGUAGCAGCAGCAGCAGCUCCAGCGAGCACAGCAACAUUCCGCGCAGCACCAUCGUCCGCCUGACCACGGCCAACGGCAAGCCAAGAUCGUUGGGCAUCAGUCUGGCCCACGUCAUCCAGAUGCAGAACAACGGCAACGCCAACGUGGCCGAAGUCCUCAACGCAGCGGCCAACAGCAGCAGCAGCAGCAACACCAACGGCAGCAGCUCAGCGACACAGCAGCAACAAGUGCUCUCCCCAAGGCCGGACAAGUCCUCCAACGGCUCCUCGAAAUCGCACCACCCGCGCCAACAUCACAGCGAUCACAGCCCGGACGCCAAGCGUCGGAUACACAAGUGCCAAUUUCUGGGCUGCAAAAAAGUCUACACGAAGAGCUCACACCUGAAGGCCCACCAGCGAACGCACACAGGUGAGAAGCCGUACAAGUGCUCCUGGGAGGGAUGCGAGUGGCGAUUCGCGCGAAGCGACGAGUUGACCCGCCACUACCGCAAACACACCGGCGCCAAGCCCUUUAAGUGCCGCAACUGCGAUCGCUGCUUCUCCCGGUCCGAUCACCUGGCGCUCCACAUGAAGCGUCACAUGUGAGGCGAGAUUUAAGAAAAGCAGGUCGAUAAGGUGACGAAGGAGUUCAGCGGAAACUGUGUGCCAUCAAGGAACGAUGAAAAACUUGCGUAACGCUAAUCAAAACCACUAAAAUUCGCCAAGUUUGGACGGGGGAAUUCAAACACACAAAAACUAAAAACUAAAAACCAAUUUAAGGAAAAGGAAAACAUCACAACAACACAAGCAAGCACAAAGAUGAUAAUUCAAGUUCUCUGAUUCUGAUUGACAUUUGUGUUGCCAUUAUCGUCGCCGUUAUUGUUUUCGUUAUGGUUAUCGUCGUUAUCGUUUCAAUUGCAAAUCCGAUUUGUUUCAAUGCCUUGUUAGGUGUAAGUUAAAGCUAUAGAUACCAAUAGCUUCAUUGCAUUUUCCCCCAAAUCACACCUAUGUACGUAGCAUUUAGCCGCAAGUUCUGAACAAACUACAAAAAUUGUGUACAAUUUACCAAAGCUAAGCAGAUUUCUUUAAUUAGUGAAGCAGCAACAUAAAAACAGCACCCACAAGCAGAAAUCCUAAAAAUAUACCUAGUAAUACAAAAAAAAGGAUAAAAACAUAUUUUUGUUUUCAUAAUGUGAACACUGCCAAAACAAAAAUAAAAAAAAAAAU